AUGAAUUAAUGUACAUUAUGUUACGAUAAUAUACCUUUGAUUUUUGGAACUUGUUCUUCUUGCUAAUAAAAGGAUGAUUUAACUUUUCUAUUGAUUCCAAAAGGAUGUGUUGUUUAAUGUCCAGAUGGGUAUAGCUAUGACAAAGAUAAAGUAUGCUAUCAAAAUUAAAGUAACAAUUAUUUUAUUUUAUUAGAAUUAAUAACUUAUAGUAAUUCAUAAUUAACCAAGAUCAAAGAAGAUUAUUAAAUAUCUGGUAGAUUGGAAUAAUCUGCAAUAUUAUUAAGAUUAACUCUUAAAUUAUAACUAAUUGGCAAGAAUAAAUUUGUUGGUUUGAAAAUAAAUGGAAAGUAUGUUGCUUAUAUAAAUCGAUUUUAUAUUUACUCAAAAUUAAAAUAUGACUACUUGUAGAAAAUGUAGAAUUAAAUUAUACUUGAAUUUAAUUAUCCAAUUAAUUCAGAAUAAUUUAUUAUUUAAAUUGUUGCAAAUUAGUAAAAAUAAAAUUUUUAAGCUCCAGAAGUUAAGAUAUAAUAUUUAGUCUGCGCCUUGAAUUGUUAAAAAUGUAAAAAUAACAAUUUUUGUGAAAUUUGUAAACCACACUAUUAUUUAUAUUAAGGGGAAUGUUUUAAUAAUUGCCCUGUGUACACUACAUUAUCAGAUCAGACUUGUGUUGAUUGUGAUGAAAAAAUAAAUUAUGAUGAAAAUUAAGAGGUAAUAAUUUUGGUAAAAGAAUUUUUUGAUCUUUCAACUUCUUAAGAGAGAAUAAAUGAAUUAUUUAACGUUGUAGUUAAUAGCGUAGAUAAUUAAUAUAAUUAUAAUUUUUAAAAAGGAGAUGGUAUUUACUUUUCAUAUUUUGGUAAUAAAAGAAUAUUUGGAGGACCAUUUGUAUGGGUAAAUGCUAAAUUUUAAUUUCAUCUAAAUCUAUAAAAUAUUUAAUAAAUUGUUUAUGUUAAAUUUGAAGUAAUUUUAGGAGAUGAAUAAAUGAGUAGAGUGAAAUUUCAUUAUCAAAUAAAUUCAGAAGUAUAGAAAUCACUUCAAAUCGAAGAAAAUAAAUAAUUACAUUAUGAUUAAAAUUGGUAGGAUACUUAUUUUAUUGAUGUGAUAUAAGUUAGAGAAUAUAUUUAGUAUGAAGAUGAUCAUGAAAAUAAAUUGGAAAUACUUUUCAAUUGUGAUAAUGUAUUUGAAAAUGCAAAUACAACAUUUUGUGGAAUUUAAAAUCUUAUUAUUUCAUUUUAGACUCUAAAAUAAGACUAAAGUGAUUCAUCAGAUUAGGAUUACAUUAGUGAUGAAGAUAUGGAAAAUAUAUUUGAAAUAUCAAUAUGUGGUGAUGGAAAAGUUUCUUCUGAUGAGGAAUGUGAUGAUGGUAAUCUAAUACCUUUUGAUGGAUGUUUUAAUUGUGAAUAUUCAUGUAAAUAAUUAUGUUAAUUUUGUGUUAAAGGAGAAUGUUUGCUUAUGUUUGAAUAAUAAUAAUAAAGUUAAAUAUUUUAGAAUACAUUUAUUAUUUCUUAAGAAUUAAAUGAAAAUAAAUUCACUUGUAUUAUGAUGGAUUGUGAAGUUUGUAUUUAAGGAAUAUGUUUAUAAUGCAAGAUUGGAUAUUAUAUGAAUUAUAUAAAUAAUUAAUGUGAAUCAAAAUGUGGGGAUUUAAUAAUUUAAGGAUUAGAAUAAUGUGAUGAUGGUAAUUUAGAUGAUUAUGAUGGUUGUUCAGAUUGUUAAUUAAUUGAAUAUGAAAAUUGUAUUAUGUUAUAAACAUGUGCAGUUUGUCAUUAUGAUAAAUGUUUAAAAUGUAAUGAUGGAUAUACUUUAGAAAAUAAUAUAUGUAUUUCAAUUUGUGGAGAUGCUUUAAUCAAUAAAUUAGAAGAAUAAUGUGAUAACCCAAAUGAGAUAGGGUGUAUUAAUUGUUAAAUAGAAAAAGGGUAUAUUUGUUAAGGUUAAAGUUAUUCUAUUUGUAAGACAUGUAGUAAUUAUUGUAUAGAUUGCUAGACUAUUAAUUAAUAGAAUCUCAUUUGUAAAGAUUGUAUUAUAGGUUACUAUCCUGUUUAAGAUAAUUGUUUAGAAUGUGAUAAAAAUUGUAUAACUUGUAAGAUUUAAUCAAAUUUAUGUACAUCAUGUUAUAGAUCAGAUUGUGAAAUAUGUGAAUCUAUUCCAGGUUAUUAUACUGAUUUUUAAAUUAAAAGAUGUGUUACUUUAUGUGGAGAUGGAAUCUUGGCUAUAGAAUAAGAGGAAUGUGAUGAUGGAAAUGUUGAAAAUGAUGAUGGAUGUGAUUCUUAAUGCAAAAUUGAAAUUCCUCAAAAUUAUAUUAAUGAUUUAUUAGUAUGGCAAUUCACUGGAAAUACUACAUAUGAUUUCUAACUUAAGAAUUCAGAAUAUUAACUUUAAUUAAAUUGUUAAAAUCCAUUUAUUAUUAUUGAUGGUAUUAGUACAAAUGAUUACUCAUUUAAUAUUACAUUAAUCAAUAAAAUAUGUAGUUUAUAAUUUGAAUUUUUUACAUCCAUUUUCAAACAUAAUAUUAUACAUGUAGAGUUAAGUCUUUAAUUUAAUCAAAAUAGAUUACUUAAUGA